CGCUUUCCACGCACGGAUAACAAAAAGUGAGAGCCGGACAGUGGAAGAAAAAUUCGCAAGAAGAGGAAAAAGUGAGAGAAAAAAGUGUUUUUGCUCAAGUGGAAAAAGAGAGAGAGAAGAAGAAGAAAGUGUGCGAGACAGAAGGAGAGAGUGUGCGCGCACUUCUCCCAUCAUGUCGCUCCCCGGCUCCCCUCCGCUCCUCUCGCCGGGCUCGGGCGCCCCAACUCCGGCCGCGCUCUACCGCUCGGCCCCGGACGCGCUCCACACCUCCGUCGCCUCCACCGGCACCUCCAGCCCGGGGCUCACCAACUCGCACUCCCUGUCCCCGUCCCCGCGGCUCACCAGCAGCAUGCUCAGCGCGUUUCUCCCCGGACCAGGGGGCGCACUGGCCGGGUUGGGCAACGGCGGCGCCGCCCCGCUUGUGUCCGGAGGCGGCGCCGCUCUGGGUCCUCUCAGCGGGCUCGGCUCGCUCAGCUCAGCCGGCCUGACCCCCGGCUCCCCCGGCUUGGCGCAGACCUCCUCCAGCCCCGGUCUGUGCAGCGAGUGCAAGCUGGUGGAGGUGCACGGCGUGAAGGUGGCCAGCUUCAGCGUGGACGGCCAGGAGCUCAUCUGCCUGCCGCAGGUGUUCGACCUCUUCCUGAAGCACCUGGUGGGCGGGCUGCACACCGUCUACACCAAGCUCAAGAGGCUGGACAUCGCGCCGGUGGUGUGCACCGUGGAGCAGGUGCGCGUCCUGCGGGGGCUCGGCGCGAUCCAGCCCGGCGUGAACCGCUGCAAGCUCAUCUCCCGGAAGGACUUCGAGACGCUGUACCAGGACUGCACGAGCGCCAGAUGUGUGUGUGUGAAAAACGGAGUGUGGGAGCGCAAGAGGCAUGUUGAAGACGAAGGGAAGGAGGGAGGGAGGGGGGGUCGCCUCCAAGAAGUGAUCCGGAGCCUGGUGAAGAGAUACGUGGCGGCCAUGAUCCGCAGCGCCAAGACGGACGAGGGACUGACGGAGGAGAACUUUAAGGAGUUGAAGCAGGACAUCUCCAGUUUCCGCUACGAGGUCCUGGAUCUUCUCGGCAACCGGCGUCCUCCCCGGCGAAACUACUCCUCCUCCAGUGAGACGACGAAAGAUGAUGGCGCCGUGGCCUCUGAGGAUGACAGCGAAUCAGGCGACGGCAGCGGAGGCCAGAAGUCAAAGGGCGUGACCUUCAUGACCCCGCUGGAGGACGACGGGGCACCAUCACCGACACUCGGCGUGUCAGCCUUGGUGCGCUCCAUUUCUGGGAUGACCCGGAUGGAGGGAGGGGGCGAGGGUGAGGAGGAGGAGCUGGAGGAGGGCAUAGGAUGGGGAGAAGAGGAGGAGGAAGAGGAGGGGAAACCAAAGAGCAACGGGCUGAAGACGACCGUCAUCCCUCCGUCCACCAACACCGUCCUCCCCUCCCCGUCUUCAUCAUUCUCCUCGACACUCUCCUCAUCGUUAGCUCGUACGAGGAGCCGUCUGCAGCGCCUCUCGUCUCCAGGAGCAAAGGCGGACUCUUUCAAGCGCCUCUCCUACCUGUUCUCACGCUCCAAACGCAAAGCGCCACCCAUGCCCCUCCCCCUCCAGUCCCCGCCUUCCUACACCAUCUCCGACGGGUUGCUCCGCCCCCUGGGGACCCACAGCCACUCCGACUUCGGACUCAGUGACGUGACCAGAAGCGAGACUCACCUGAACGAGGUGGGCCGCUCCGUCGACAUCAAUAACCCCUCAUUCUCGCCGCGGCGAACGAACGGGCGGGACUCGCUCCUGACGCUGCCCCUCCCGCCCCCAUGCCCCUGCCAAUCCCUGCACUGUGCUUCCAACAUGUCCGAGUCCAGCUCACGCCUCCUGGACUCCAGCGAGGACGUUUUCCAGGGCGGAGGCGUGGGAGGAGCGGGCGAGGGCGGCGUGGAUGGAGGCGGGAGAGGAGGAGGGGUGAUGAUGAUCGGCGGGUGGGUGGGACCCUGCGACGAUGUCAUAGAGGACAGCUGUGAGGUCAUAGAGGACUCUGUCACCACGCAGCUAUAG